UUCUUUCCAUCCUCUGUUUCUUGUCCUCUUCCUAUCUUUUCAUUUCCACUAUUUUUCCAAUUGUUCGAUCAUCCCUGCGGUAUUCUUGUCCUCCCUUAUCGCUGUGGGGUUGUUAGGUUUUAGCUCAUUCUCGCUGUGGGUGGGUACAACACCGUCAUUACUCUUACCACUGUC